CCUGUUUUGACAACACUGUUGAAAACACAUAUUGACAGACAAAGAGAAGUUGGAAAAGUUUAGCUCACAAAAUUUUCGGUGAUAGAUUUUUAUAAAAUAUAUCGACAAAAUUAUAAAGUAAUAUUUAUAAUCUCACUUAGCAUAUAUACCUACACCAAGAUGCCCAAUAUCAAGCUGCAAUCAUCGGAUGAUGAGAUUUUUGACACUGACGUACAAAUUGCCAAAUGUUCGGGCACCAUCAAGACCAUGUUGGACGAUUGUGGCAUGGAAGAUGGUGAUAAUGCCGUAGUGCCCUUGCCCAAUGUAAAUUCAGCUAUUUUACGUAAAGUUUUACAUUGGGCCAACUACCACAAAGACGACCCCCAACCACCAGAGGACGACGAAAACAAAGAAAAACGCACCGAUGAUAUUUCAUCAUGGGAUGCCGAUUUUCUUAAGGUUGACCAGGGUACGCUAUUCGAAUUGAUUUUGGCUGCCAACUAUUUGGACAUCAAAGGCCUGUUGGAUGUUACCUGUAAAACUGUGGCAAAUAUGAUUAAGGGAAAAACCCCAGAAGAGAUUCGUAAGACCUUCAACAUUAAAAACGAUUUUACUCCGGCUGAGGAAGAACAGGUGCGCAAAGAAAACGAAUGGUGUGAAGAGAAGUAGAGGAGUAUCCAACGACUUGAAGACCAAAUUCAAAUACAUAAAACAGAAAAUAGAAACUACUAAAUAUUUAAGCUUCUACGUCGUAUAAUUUUUUUGUUACUACCUAUUGAGGCAUUUGUGGUCCGACAAAUAGCGCUUCUCAGUCAGUUACAACAUUUCAAAUUCAAAUAUGUAUGUGGACUAGUAAUCUACGUAAAUAACUAUAUAUAAUUUAUUAAAAAAUAUAUAUAUAUAUAAAUACGAUUAAUUUUUUCUUUAAAUGUAUUCUUUUUUUAUUCAACAAUUUUGCUUCAUUACAUAGAUGUUAAUAAAUUGGAAUUAAAAUAUUAA